UCAAAGGGGAAUUUGAGAAUUUAUGUAAUCAAUUUACGGCCAUGUGUAAAUCGAACGAAGCAAAUCACACAGAGGUUACUAACAUUUUAAUGAACAUUGGCAAAAUCAAUGACAAUAUUAAUACUGAUGCAAUUGAAUCAUGUCAAAACGUUGUAAAAAGUGAACAAUGCUAUGAGGAUAGAGUCAAAGAAGAAAUUCACGUUGUCAAGAAUGAAGUACAAUUUGGUGUUAAUGAGGUCGUAUCGAUAGUAGAUACUGUUGCUGCUCAUCGGUAUAAAUUAGUAGAUGAACUACAAACCCAACUUCAAGACAGCAGUACAGUUUGGAUUAAACAUUGUGAAGUAGCUAAACAGCGUACAGCUAAAUUACAGGAAGUAAUUCAGCAGGAGCGGCAAAAAAUAUUGUCAAGUGCUCAAGUGUUAGAACAAUUAGUUGCAAAUGCUAGUGUAAAUCAUGAUGAAUUUUUGGAGUCCCAACGAAGUAAAUCCAGGCAAUUUAAUCAUGAAUUGCAGCAUAAACUUGAGGAACAGAGUUUAAGAGCCACUCGGUGGGCAACUGAUGUCGCUGCUAAAUUACGCAUAACACUACAUCAAGUUGAUAAAUUCAUUACUGAAGACGUCCAGAGAGAUAUUCCCACAGGAAGUACACCAGUGAAAACGGAGUAUCGCUAUCCAAAAGAGCUCGCUGAAACCUCACCCCAUCAGCGAAUAAUUCAACACUUUCGUGCCUCAAUAAACGACACCGUCACCAAUAAUGAGUCACCGGCAAUACAGUAAAUUCAUAUUUUAUCCACAAAAGUGAUGUUGAAUCUCAUAAGAUGGUGGAAUUUUUGGAAAUAUUUGGCUCCUUUAAAGACCUGCCACAACGAAAACAACAGAGAAGAGCAUGUAAAAUCUCGAGUUGUUCAACCAAAGCGGAUAAUACUUACAUUUAAGUCGUCUGAUCUACUCGAUCGAAGUGUUUUUGGGACGGAUAACUAAAUGAAGUCCACCCUUUCGAUUGUUGUGUUUAUUAUUCAAUUUUAUUUGCUUAGGCUGGCCAAAAGCACACUAUCAGGUAGAAAUCUACUUCUGAUAGCUUUGAAUUUUAUAAAUCAGAUAUAAUAAGACUUUGUUUUUAGCAUAUAUAAAAGAUUAGUCAAUUAAUUUUAUAAAUAUUGUGUGUAGGGUAAAAGUGUUUGAGGAAGGUGUGGCAAGUAACCGAUUUAUACAUAUUUGAAAAAUUUCCUCUCAUCCUAGUACAGUGUAUCUUCAAACUAUUUUCAUUCCUUCCCCCUGAUUACCACAUCUCGGUAUAAAUAUGAGAAAGUAAACUUGGAUCAUAAAAAUAAUAUAUUAUCAAGCUCUGUAAAUUUUGAACGCAAUAUAUGGAAAGAAAAAUUUUAUAAACAUAUCGUCAAAAUACCUUCAAUAUUACCAUUUCAAUUAAACUACGCUAAUCUGAUAUAAGAGAAAAAGUUUCAUGUUAAUAUGUCAAAAAUUAGUACCAUAAAUAUCAUAUAUAUAUUGAUUUUAUGAAGGCAGUUGUUCAUUAUUAUACCUUCAUAAAUAAUUUUUCUAAUUGUAAAUCUGAUAUAAUGUAAAUUGCAAC